CUUAGACAAUGCCCCGAAGCCGCCGGACCGUCGCGCCCCCGACCCUUCGUAGCAUAUGAGCUCGCCUACCCAAGGACCCCCCCUAAGAGCCAGAGCUCCCAAUCCCUGAGGCUUAAAGACUGGGACUCUUCCCCACCAACUCUGUACUCGGGGGUGGGGCCCUAGCCGAGAUCACAGCUCAGCCAGGAGUGGGGGCGGCCGCUGGAGGUGAGUCGGGGCGGGUGUCCCCUGGACCAUAUGGAGGCCGGAGUUUGGGGGAUGGCGGGUCCAUUCCUGCACAGACGGAGAGUGUGGGAGUCGGCAUUUGAGCGCGGAGCUAGGCGGGCUGGACUUUGGAGGAAGACGGACAGGGGACCGGACCGGUCCUGGAGCCGGGAGUGGCGUCCGUGCCCCGGAACCACGCCCCCUGUUUCCCCGCCCCUCGCAUUUCGAUUUAGACCUCUCCCAGUCCUCCGGGACUCGAUCUGGUUUAUACUGGGUCGCGCUUGGGGCAGCGUGACAGUCCGGGGUGGAAAGAGGAUAUUUAACUCCUUAGGCUCUCAUUCCUCCCCUCCUGCCCCUCUCCCUCCUCCGUUCGGACAGGUGAAGUAAAAAGAGAAAACUGAGAAAUCAGCGCGGCCAGAGGGGGCGUCUGUGUGGAUGGGAUGGGGACGCCGGGGGAGGGGCUGGGCCGCUGCUCCCAUGCCCUGAUCCGGGGAGUCCCAGAGAGCCUAGCGUCUGGCGAAGGUGGGGGGGCUGGUCUUCCAGCUCUGGACCUGGCUAAAGCUCAAAGGGAACAUGGGGUGCUGGGGGGUAAGUUGAGGCAGCGAUUAGGACUGCAGCUCCUAGAACUGCCUCCUGAGGAGUCGCUGCCGCUGGGACCGCUGCUCGGUGACACAGCCGUGAUCCAAGGGGACACGGCCCUAAUCACGCGGCCCUGGAGCCCAGCUCGCAGACCAGAGGUCGAUGGAGUCCGCAAAGCCCUCCAGGACCUGGGGCUCCGAAUUGUGGAGAUGGGAGACGAGAACGCGACGCUGGAUGGCACUGAUGUUCUCUUCACUGGCCGGGAGUUUUUUGUAGGCCUCUCCAAGUGGACCAAUCACCGAGGAGCUGAGAUCGUGGCGGACACGUUCCGGGACUUCGCCGUCUCCACUGUGCCAGUCUCGGGCCCCUCCCAUCUGCGCGGCCUCUGUGGCAUGGGGGGACCCCGCACUGUCGUGGCAGGCAGCAGCGACGCUGCCCAAAAGGCUGUCAGGGCAAUGGCAGUGCUGACAGAUCACCCAUAUGCCUCCCUGACCCUCCCAGAUGACGCAGCUGCUGACUGUCUGUUUCUUCGCCCUGGGUUGCCUGGUGUGCCCCCUUUCCUCCUGCACCGUGGAGGUGGGGACUUGCCCAACAGCCAGGAGGCAUUGCAGAAGCUCUCUGAUGUCACCCUGGUACCUGUGUCCUGCUCAGAACUGGAGAAGGCUGGCGCUGGGCUCAGCUCCCUCUGCUUGGUGCUCAGCACACGCCCCCACAGCUGAGGACCUGACCUUAGGGUCCGGUUGGCCAGAGGUAGAGCAGCAUAGGAAGUUAGAAGGGAAAGGAGGGGUAGACAGAGGCUGGUGAGUAGGCAGUAGUGGGCAGAGGGCCUCAAAAUGGAGGGCGGGCAGAGUGUGGGGAAAAGGACAGGGGCCACUGUGCAAGUCCUUUCUCUCAGAACCAAUAAAAUAGAACUGACCUUUUA